ACUAACCUGAGACACCAGCAAUAAACGUGUUCUGUAUAAGGGGCUACUUUGUCUCUAACUUUUCUCCCUUCAGUCUUUUCCUGAACUUCACAGAACAGACUGGAAUCAGCUGCCUGCACUUUACUUCCCAUACAGAGUAUGAACAGUUGAGAAAAUUAAGAUGACAUUUUUAAUUCUCGUUAGUUUCCUGACUUUACUCAGCCUUGCAAAAUUUCAAGAAUCUGCUGUUACUGCAUUUGAUCUCCUUGGAGAGCUUCGCUUGUCAAAUGAUGUACGGACAGUCAAAGGUCCAAGUCACAGUCUAACAGCUUUUCGCAUACAACCUGCAAUAUACCUCAAGAAGAGUAAAAGAUAUCUCCCUCCAAAUGGAUUACCCUCAAAUUUCUCUCUUAUAGCCACAUUUAAGACAUUAACGGAUACACCUCAGAACAUGUGGACUUUAUUUCAAAUACUUGAUUCUGAUGAUAGAAAAAAACUUGGACUUCAGUUUCUCAGUCAUACACAUUCUCUGCAUUUUUACUAUGCUACUCCUGCAAAAACACUCUUAUUUAAGACUUUCAACAAUGUGGACAAACUUUUUGAUGGUAACUGGCAUAAAUUAUCAUUUAGUGUAAAAGAAGAUAAAGCCAAGAUCAUUUUAGACUGUCAAGAUGUCAAAACUAUUCUAGGAAAUGUGGAGGAACCCGCUAACAAGAACACAAUUAAUUCUUUAUUAGGUGAAGAUGAAUCUUCACCUUUUGUUGAUAUUCAAAAGCUUGAGAUACACAAUGAUCCAGAAAUGGCGUUAUAUGAUGAGUGUUGUGAGCUGUAUGAUCAAUGUACAGAGAAAACUGACAAUAGAGCAAACUCUGCUCGAUUUAAACGCUCCCAUGGAAGCUUUGGUGUUCAGGGAAAACCAGGGGAAAAGGGCCAAAAAGGACAUAAAGGAUUACAAGGAGAAACAGGAAGAAUUGGAAAUUUGGGUGUUCGAGGUGAUCCAGGAGCUUAUGGGAUACUAGGAGAUACCGGCCCCAAAGGUGAACAAGGAAUUAAGGGGGAAAAGGGACAAAGAGGACUCCAGGGUGAGCGGGGUGAUCGUGGUGAGCAAGGCUUCAAAGGAUUACCGGGAGCUGAUGGUUUUAAAGGAAUUUCUGGAACACCAGGACAAAGAGGGAUAACUGGUCCAAAAGGAAAUAAGGGUGAUGAAGGAGACACUGGAUAUGAAGGCAUUAUGGGAUUCAGAGGAGUAAAGGGUGAUGAAGGCUUUCCUGGAGUUGAAGGACGUCUUGGCAGACUAGGGAAAAAGGGGCUUUCAGGUGAUCCAGGAGAUCCUGGAAAUGUGGGUCAGAAAGGCAUACCAGGUAUUCCUGGUCCAAAGGGACAAAGAGGUACACAAGGCCCACAGGGAAUAAUAGGAGACCCUGGCGUACCUGGAAGAGAUGGAGAUGAUGGCAUAGAAGCUUAUCAAGGCCCACAAGGUGGUCACGGAAAACUUGGAGUUUUAGGGCCUAAGGGGGAGAAAGGAAGGAUUGGACUACAAGGCCCUGAAGGUCCUAGAGGAAAACCUGGUUCUCCAGGUGACAAAGGUGAAGCCGGAAGACCUGGCAGGCCUGGAUUUUUUGGUCCCCCAGGAGCAGCUGGACACGUGGGACUCCCUGGCGCGACAGGACAAAAGGGUGCUUCUGGAGUCCAAGGAGUAAAGGGUACACAAGGAACAAAGGGUGAAAAAGGAACUAAAGGACCAAAAGGAAUUAUUGGAGAUAUUGGACCACUAGGACCUGAAGGACUCCUUGGUAAAAGAGGACCACCUGGUGAGACUGGUGCUCGUGGCCAGCCUGGAGAACAAGGUGACCCUGGGGAUCCUGGACUCCCUGGAGAUAUUGGACCUUUGGGAUCUAGGGGACCAUAUUUUCCAGCUUCACGUGUAACAGAAUUAUGUAAAAAGUUUGUUCUUGAGAAAAUGUCAGCAUACGCACAAUCUGUGAGUCGCCAGUGUGCUAGCGCCUGCCCACUCUAUGGCGAUGUUCCCAUGGGAGCUCCAGGACCUGUUGGCUUGCCUGGACCAACUGGAGAGCAAGGUAAGACAGGAUUAAAAGGAGAGGAUGGGGAACCUGGACCUGAAGGAUUUUAUGGUGAAGCAGGGGAUCCAGGAAAACAAGGACAGAAAGGUGAAUCUGGUGAUCCAGGCGACAAGGGUCCCAAAGGUUAUGGUCUUGUGGGAUUUGAAGGAGAUCCAGGGCAAAGAGGUGGAAGAGGAAAACCUGGAUUAGCAUUUGAUGGUGAACCUGGUCAAAUGGGUCCUCGUGGUCACAGAGGGCAACCUGGCCUCAUAGGUUAUACAGGCUUAAGAGGACCUCCAGGGCAAUGUAUUACAAAUGCCUGUGAAAACAGUCAACUUUCUAGUUCACCUGAAACAGAAGAGAACUUAUAAUGCCCAAAAAGGAAAAUGGACUAAUGUUUUAUUUGGACAACAUAAUAUCAUAUCAUAAAUGUUUCAAAAGAUAUUUCAGUUAAAAUGGAUAUUAUCAUAAUAUUACAUAGGAAACAGAAAAUAUAAAAACUCAAUUACUGUGUAUAUAAA